CUCACUGCUGUAACAGUAAUUUCCCCCCACAGUGGGACUGACAAAGGAUCAUCUUAACAGUUUUUUUCUAUUUCAAACUAUUCUAAAAAUAUUUAAUAUCUUAAUCCCCAUCGGUACAAAAUCACACUGUGGGGAUCCUAAAGUUUCCAAAGAUCUAACACAGUUGUCCCCUCUGGAAAUGAAACACAUGACACUAUUUAAAAAAAACCAUUUAGUUCAAUAUUCAUCAUUUUACUCAGAUACUGGUUUUCGUCUGCAAACUUACUGAUUAUGAAUUUGUUUGCUGCUUGAUGUGACAUGUAAGUAAUUAAAAAAACUGUCAAGAGGCAGCCUCAGAUAACAACAUGGAUAAUUAUUAAAAUUUAUACAGGUACAGUACUGAGGCACCCCAUCCCAAACUUUUUUCAAAUGAGGCAAUAUACAGUAUGCUUGUGACCCCAAAACCGCCAGUCAUGCCCUUUUGCUUGGGUGUGGUUAUUCCUCUGUAUAUAGUUUCAUGUAUAAAUAUGGAUUCACUGACAAUUGUCACGCCUUUAUUGGAGAGUUGACAACUAAGACAUAAGUGAGACAUGAAGAGCAUUUUUAUUUAUUUAUGACACGCAUUUCGAGAAAACUUUGUAAUUGUGUGUAACAGGCUGCUUGGUGCUUGUGAGAAUGAUUUCCCACACUUGUUAUUUGCUCGUUGCGUCCUAGUCUAUAUAAAUAUAUCAUAUUGUAAGGAUUUUCUGGUGGUAACAAAGUAACUUUCUCUUCUUUAAUGCAAACUAUCAAAUGAGGCGAUGAAUUCACGAUUUUAUUUUCCAGCUUUGUGUGCAGCAGCUGCUCUUCUUCGUGCAGUCAUGGAAAAUAUCCCUGUGACACACAACGACAACGUUAGUUGUGAAUUUAAUAAAACAUUCAGUGGAUGAAUGCUGUUCUGCUCGCAGUCGAGUUUUCUGCUGACAGACGCCCCCUAGUGGCUGGGUUUAAAAAAAAAAAAUGGCUGCAGAAAAAAUACAACACAUGCUUUCCGGCUCUCUUCCAACUCCAACCCUGCUGCAGCCCUUUCUAUCCUGUUUUGUAUAUGUUUUUUGUUUUUUUUGCAAGAGUGAAACCCUCUUGUAGCUGUCGAACACGACGAUAAUAAAACCGUGAAUUACGAGCAGCGCGUGUUUGCAGCAGCAGCACAGGGCUCGUCUUGUCAUGUGGUUUGUGGGAAAACCCGUAUUGGAUCUCUGGUUGGUCACCUGGGCCAAGAACCUGAAAGAAAAAAAAAAUGUUGUGCCAUUGUGGAGCUGAUUGUCAGCGUGUGUGUGUGUGUGUGUGAGGGCAGAUGGUGAAGAGUUGGAUUUGAUUGGCAGGGAAUACAUUUACGUAUAUGAAUGUGCAUAACACUGUCCAAGAAGUGGAGGCAACUGACGCGACGCGCGUAUGGACGUUUUUACGCAUGGAAAGACGAGAGUCCGUCUCUAGCCACCGAACACUGUCGCGUGAAUACCGGAUGACAAUAACACGCGACAUUAUUUUUUUUUCUUUUAAUGAAACACGAAGAAGGAGCUCUUGUGAAACCCCCCGUCGCACUGUGAUGAAAAACGUGCAGAAAGUAGUCCACUCCGUGUCUUGUCGGGCGCAUGGCUCAGCCCCGCAGCUUUGCGCGGAUGAACAGCAGCUGUGCGCCGCGGAGCAACAGAAAGGGAAAACAAAAAAACAAAAAAAAAACAGGGGCAGCAAAAAAAAAAAACCCAACACACGAAGAUUUCUAGCGGAUUGUUUAAAAAUAACAAUCUUCCAUCCGUACAUCCACGCGUAAAGUCGGAGCGCGAUCGCCGGCGGAGCUGCGUAAUCACCCGGACUUGGUUUUUUUUUCUCUCUCUUUUCCGCACAGACGCAGACGGAUCCGUCCCGCUCCUGCUCCGCAGCGGGCCUCCAUUUUAGCUUCUUUGCCCCGGCCGCCGCCGCCUCACGUGUCCCGGACUGUCUUCCUCACAUGACCCGUGUGUUUGUCCCCGUGAUCGGCGCUUCCAUCUGCGUAAAUCCGUGUCGUGGAACACCGGCGUCUCCCUCCCUCUCUGUCUGUCUCUCUCACGCGCGCGCGCACAGCCGCAGGACGAACCUUCAUGGAUAUGCUGGAGCAGAGUCUGGACAGCUCGGCGAGUCACGACAAACAGGAUUCAGAAGAGGUGGUGCAGUUGCAGGAAGAUUUGAGACAUGUUGACCUGUGUGUUGCAGGAGAGGCGGUGGGGGCGGAGGAGCAGACUGCAGUGACCAUCACCGGUGUCCCGCAGGCGGCGUUCGGUGACCACAAUGUGCAGUACCAGUUUCGUACGGAGAGCAGUGGAGGACAGGUGACCUAUCGCGUGGUCCAGGUGACCGACGAUCAGUUAGAAGCGACGGCCGACGGGACCGGAGCCGUAAGCGUCGUCUCCACCGCAGCGUUUGCCGGAGCCCCUCAGGCCGUGGCACAGGCUGUGAUCCAGAAUCCUUUCAGUAACGGGGGCAGUCCUGUCGGGGAGACGGUGGGCGGAGAGACGCGCUUCGCUUAUUUCCCCGCCGCCACUGUGAGCGAUGGCACGGCCGUGUCGGUGCAGGCCACCGCCGACCCAACGAUCACGCAGGCGGGAGGUCAGUUUUACGUGAUGAUGAGCCCCCCCGAGGUGCUGCAGACGACGGCCCCUCGCACCAUCGCGCCACGCACGCACACCUACACUGCAGACCUUGGUGAGAGCGAGAUGUUGCAGCAUGGCAGUACAAACUGGAAGGUGGAGGGUCCACGGGCGCCCCGAGAUGAGAGGCGAAGAGCACAGCACAACGAAGUGGAGAGAAGGAGAAGAGACAAGAUUAACAACUGGAUUGUCACGCUGUCAAAAAUCAUCCCCGACUGCAGCGUAGACAGCCGAGGCGGAGCGGUGAGUGUCGAAAAGAGUAAAGGAAGCAUCCUGUACAAAGCCUGCGACUACAUCCGAGAGCUGCGUCAGAGCAACCAGCAGCUGCAGGAGAGCUGCAAAGAUGUGGAUCGAGCCAAGAUGGACAACGAGCUGCUUAGACAACAGAUUGAGGAGCUGAAGAACGACAAUGCGCUGCUCCGAGCGCAGCUACAGCAGCACGGCGUAGAAGUCAACGGAGAUGCAACACCACAGUAAUGGUGGACUGGACAUUGUGCAACAACACACACACACACACACACACGCACACACACGCACACGCACACGCACAUGCACACACGCACGCAGUGUCGCAUCCUCCCAUCCACCUGAACAAUACCAGGAGAGGACGUACUAUGAAAAGACAAUUUUCCGUCUGAAAUUGGACCUGGGGAAAACCACGCACGGGGUUUCGAGAAGAAACCCUGAAGGACUGCAAACUGACGACGCCUCUUCCACCUCCUGCAGUGUACAAGCUGAAUUGCUCUCCUCCGAAAUCUGUCGACCGUGUAGCUUCACUGAACCUCUCGCACCUCUUGCAUCGAGGAAAGCGACCCUCCGCACAGCACCGCCACCACGCUUGCACCAAACCUUCUUCUUGCUUUAAAUUAUGAACCUGCCACAGAACAUUUACUUUUACUGAUUACACCUUUUUUUAUUGUGCCACAAACUAAUUCCCCCCUCCCACACUUUUUUGUUUCGUUCACAUUUGCUACUGAAUGUGACACGACUGAUGAAUCCCUUUUUACUUUUAAUUCAUCUUUAAGGAGUAUACGCUGGUUUCUGUAUUUACUCAUCCCUCCAACAACAAACAAUUACCCUGCAAAUCAUGUUGAUGUUGAUUGUGCACCAUCACUGUCACUGGAACAUGUAUAUGUAACACACAUAUUUGGUCCAUGUGCAGUUUUCUGCCUCUUAACACUUGACACUCCAGGCACUGGGCAUAGCUCACAAAUGUAAUAAACAUAGACCAAUGUCAGCAAAUUCCCAAACUAUUCUUUACAUACAAUCAAAAGUGAAACAGGCAUAUGCGGUGGUGUUUUUUUAAUUUUACAUUUUUUUUUAGUCCUAGGCCUUUAAUAGGAGCCUGUUGGAGAAUAUAGGUGUUAUAACAUAGCUCAGGUAAUUGGGAUUGUGCACUGGCAAGUGGUUCCCAAACUCAAUGAAGUCUUUACAUUAUGGAGAGUUUAGGUCUCUUGUGUCCCCCUCCCCUCUUCCAUUAGGUGCAAUGUACAGAUGAAUGAGAACAUGGAGAUGGUUUUCAACGUGUGAAUCAUUUUUAAUGGGCAUUAAAACAUGGUUGGUUUGUGCAUCUGCUUUUCUGUUUGGUUGUAAUGCACUGAAACAGAGGUCAUGUGAGGUCAUGGCUUGAGACCAAGCCUCAUUAGUCUUAUUAGUUUUUUCCUAUUUUUUUGUUGUUGCAAAUAUUCCCAAACUCUCUAAAGACUCUGGGAUCUAUCGCUGCUGAGGGGAAGACCAGACAACAGCCGUCGUCUUCAAUGUGCUAAAGAUAGUUAAUUGGACGUGAGCGAUGAGUCUUGUAACUAACCAGCUUUUUGUCUACACUGAAAGUCUCCACGGCUUGGACAUAUAUAUAUAAAUAUAUAUAACCACUGGCAUGACUAAUUCUGAUAUUACAAUAAAAACACAAGUGUGAGUGUUGUUUAUUACA